AUGAGUAACGGCAGACAUUUAAAAAAAGGCUCGCCAACACCUGAUGUGCCCGAAGAUGGCAUUUUGCGUCUGUACUCGAUGCGCUUUUGUCCUUUCGCGCAACGCGUUCAUCUUGUACUGGACGCGAAACAGAUUCCGUAUCAUACAAUUUACAUAAAUCUCACAGAGAAGCCGGAUUGGCUGUAUGACAUCAAUCCGCAGGGGAAAGUACCGGCUCUGGAGCUAGUCAGGGAGACGGGCCCUCCUGUUUUGACUGAAUCGCUAUUGAUAUGCGAAUAUUUGGACGAGCAAUAUCCUCUGCGCCCUCUUUAUCCACGUGAUCCGCUCAAGAAAGUGCAAGAGAAGCUGCUCAUCGAAAGAUUUGGUGCUGUCUUGGGUGCCUUCUUCAGGGCGUCCGAUGGUGGAGACAUUGAGCCCUUUUGGUGUGGUCUGGAUAUCUAUGAGCAAGAAUUGAGCUUGCGCGGGACCGACUUUUUUGGCGGCGAACAGACUGGCAUACUGGACUAUAUGAUUUGGCCAUGGUGUGAACGGCUGGAACUCCUCAAGUUGCAAAGGGGCGAUGACUACAACUAUGAUGAGCUACGUUUCACACAUUUGACAAAAUGGUUGGAGCGUAUGAAGCGAGAUGUGGCUGUACAGGCCUUCUAUAUGGAAGCAGAAGUUCAGGCAGAGUUCUUGCGCACGCGCAGCGAAGGGAACCCCAAUUAUGAUUUGCUGGUUAAAGCCGAUGUCUAG